AUGUACAAAGAAGGAGAUUGCCGACCUCUCCUUACCCCUGAGCCUAGCUCGGAGUCUCAACCAGCUCCAAGCAAUAAGAAGGCUCUCCGCAACAUUGAAAAUGUGACAGUCCCUGAAACCGCAACGUACGGAAGGAACAUAACCUGCGCGGGCGCCUACAUCCUCGUCAUGUCCCAGAUGAUCGGCUGCUCUAUAUUCGCAACGCCUGGCAGCAUUGUUCGAUCGACCGGGAGCGUUGGCGUUACUCUCUUGUUGUGGGUAGUCGCUGCAAUUGUCAGGGCUUGCGACCUGGGAAUAUAUACAGAAUAUGGAUGCAUGCUACCACGCUCCGGUGCUGAUAAAGUCUAUCUCGAGUUUACAUACCGUCGCCCAAGAUUUCUUGCCUCCACCUUAUUUGCAAUUGCAUCCGUUGCUCUGAGCGUGUCUGCGACGAAUUGCAUUGUCUUCGGACAGUACAUGUUAUUUGCUCUCGGGAUGGAACCAACGGUUGCCUCCCAAAGGGGAUUUGCGGUCGGUCUCCUUCUAGCAGUAUGUAUAAUACACGGAUACUUUUUAAAACUCGGCAUCCGGAUCCAAAACUUCCUCGGGUGGGUGAUUAUAUCCAUCGUCGCUUUUAUGAUAUCCACUGGCCUCUAUGUCGUCCUUUUCCAAAAACGCCCAACCAUCGCAGGAUCCCCUGAACUACUCUCUUGGAGUGGUAUAUGGGAAGGAUCCAAUUGGGAGUUUGGUGUCCUUGCCACCUCUAUGUUACAGGUUUCUAGUUCAUUCUCUGGCUUAUGUACUACGAAUGUCGUGCUCAACGAGGUCCAAAACCCGGUCAGAUCUGUCAAGGUCGUGGGACUAUUAGCAUUUGUGACCGUCUGCAUUCUGUAUGCGCUCAUAAAUGUGGCUUAUUUCAUGGUGGUGCCAAUCGAGGAGAUAAAAAGAAGUGGACAGUUAGUAGCAGCAUUGUUUUUUGAGCGUGUUUUUGGCCCGGGAUUUGGGAAAACCGUCCUUCCUCUCCUUGUUGCAAUAUCUGCUGCUGGGAAGGUCAUGGUCACUGUCUUUACUUCGGCACGAAUAAACCAGGAGAUAGCAAGGCAGGGCUUUCUCCCAUUUUCUCGCUAUCUUUCCUCCUCAGAACCAUUCAAUACCCCCCUGGGAGGAGUGGUUGUCCAUUUAAUCCCGUCUAUGCUUACUAUAUUACUCCCUCCUCCGGGGGACAUAUAUAACUUUAUUCUUGAUGUUCAGGGGUAUCCUGGUGAAUUUUUCGGCAUUGCCAUCACAUUUGGUAUUAUUCUGCUAAGAUGGAGGCGACCGGAACUACUGAGGCCAUUUAAGACAUGGCUACCGAGUGUGUGGUUACGGCUAGUGGUUGGCUUUUUACUUAUCAUUGCUCCCUUCUUUCCUCCACAUAACGGACAAGGGGAUGUGCACUUUUUCUAUGCUACAUAUGCCAUCGUUGGCGUGGGCAUAAUCGUUCUAUCGGUUGUCUACUGGUGGAUUUGGACCGUUGUCAUUCCUAAUCGGAAUGGCUAUCAGCUUGAAGAAGAGGUUGAAAUUCUUCCAGACGGGACAACAAACUGGAUACACGGUCCUGACGAGGAGUUCUAUCAUAUUAUACACAUCCCUACGCCUUUGGAAUACCAGGCAGCAUCCUUUAGGUCUGCAUGA